AUGUCACCACUCCUUUAGUUCAAACGUGGCUCAAAGUAAACAACACUGGCCCUAACAACUUCUCACAUUCUCAAACAGUUUAUGCGUUUAUUACAUCGCAUUUAAGAUGGAACAUCAUUUGUUGCUUUUGCUGCUGAUGCUGCAGUUUAAAGUUGGACAGCUGGACUCACAGAAGCAUCCCCAUGAAGACCAUUACAUCGGCCAGCAGCACAACCCUGACCAUGACAUGGCUGUUCUGUUAGGAGAGGAGAGCACCAAGGCAAUAAAAAAGCUCAGCCCGGCGGAGCUAAGGGAGAAGAUAUUAGAAAUUGUAAAGAAGAUUGACACAAAUGGGGACAGUCUUCUAAGUGCAGAGGAGAUCACUCUCUGGAUCCAGCACGUCUACAGAAAAUAUGCCCUAGAAGACGCGGAGGAGCGAUUCGCCGAGUUUGAUCUGAACAAAGACGGACUCGUAACCUGGGAGGAGUACGGCUCUGUUGCUCACGAUCAGCUCGUUAAUUUUGAUGUUGACACUGUACUGGAGGACCCAGAGCAGGAGUCUCUUAGACAACUUCUCUUAAAGGAGAAGAGGCGCUUUGAUUUUGCCGACGUGGACGGGACACCUGGCCUAAACGUGACAGAGUUUCUUGCCUUCACCCACCCAUCUGAAGUGGAUUACAUGGCUGACUUUGCCAUAGAAGAUGUGCUGAAUGAAUAUGACACCGAUAAAGAUGGAUUCAUCACUCUAUCGGAAUUUAUCGGAAACGUGCGAAAUGAAGGAGAAUCUCCGUCACAAUGGGAGCUUGAAGAAACGGUGCGAUUCAAAGAGCUAUACGACCAAGACAAGGACGGCCGGCUGGAUCGAGAUGAGCAGCUGCGCUGGGUUGCACCUAAUAGUUACGGUUCAGCAAGAGAGGAAGCUCUUCACCUCAUCAAGGAAAUGGACCAGGAUGGAGAUGGGCAGAUUUCAGUGUCAGAAGUUUUGAAAAACCAAGAAACAUUCAUGAACAGUGAAGUGACAGACUAUGGCAGGCACCUCCAGCUGUCACAUGACGAAUUAUAACCUUUUUUUUUGUUUUGUUUUGUUUUGUUUUCAUUGUAGGCUUCUUUUAAUCUGUGAGAUAACUAUGUUGGGUUUUUCACUUUUGUAAUAAAUUGUGAUUUCUGUAACAGUAAAUAGUUAAUGUAAUUUGUUAGCUGUUUAAUAUUGUACUGUUACAGCUCCUUUAGUUAGUAUAUCAGCAAAAUGUUUAUUUUAAUAACGCCAUGGAAAAGGAAAACUGAUACAUAGAUGCACUACAGAAGAAAAUUAUAUAGUUUAAGUGUUUAUUUGUUUCAGUGUUAAGGAUUAUAGCUUACAGUCAAUGAAAACGCUAAAUGUAGUUUCUUGGACAAUUCUAAUGUUACAUAAAGAUUAUUUUGAUAUAAAAA